AUGCACACGUCUCCAACAGGCAGCAUGUCCUCCUUCGGACGCUCACCUUUGUCUGCAGUCAGCGGCUCACAAGCCAUGGAUGUGUCAUUAGCUUUGGAGUCUAGGCCCCAAAGUUUACUAUGCAAAGUCGAGACUCUGAUCGAAACUGCAUCAUCGCGCAAGAUCGGUUUUGACUUCGUCCCUCGGACCAACUAUGCACGUUGCACAUGGUUGUUGCUAAGCCCGGGCUCUCUCGCGCAUCGUAGGAAAAAGAAAUGCAGAGAUCACCAUAAUUUCCGCCCGUGUCCACUGGCCUCAUCAGCCAGCUCGAAUCUACCAUUCUUCCUGCUCGCAUGGCAACCCAAACUUCCGAGGCCAUCUCCCGACCUUGUACAGAUACCUACUGGCGCCCAGCUAAGUCCUCCAUCGUCGUGUGUUCCAUCGCAAGCAAUGUACGCUGUACGGUACGCAAUUUCGCAACAAGAGACACCUACCGCUCCAGUUCCGUCGCUCUUCGACCGCGGACGUGCACGAGUCACAACCCAGCAUCUUUUGCGUCACGAGCUGCGUGAUGCUGCAUUUCUAACGAACAGACGGCACAGCACACCGCGAUCACGACCCAGCUUCCCUAUCUUGUUAAAACACCGACAUGGAACCGAUAUAUGCCGCCAUCCGACCAGCACAUGCCGAUCGCUUGUCUGUCAGAAACGUGCUGUCCGCACAUGGACAUUGUCACCUGCGACUUGGGUGCAGUUUUGCAAUCCUGGACUAGACAGUCUUCUAAGGAACCAUGGUUCGUCCGCUGCCGUCUCUCUGGCCCAAAUUAUACCUUGGCAACGACCUUCUGGGUCAUUGCCUGCUGUCGCAACGGUCGAACAGUCGUCCCAAAAUGGCAGUACACGAUGCUCGACUUACGGCUCACUGGACCCACGGCCGGUUACACCACGGUGCGCCUUCCCCCGCGGCUUUCACAGCCCUGAAUUUGGUCUUGGUCUCCAAUGCUCUGUACUGUCCAUCGUGGUCACGUCCUCACUUGAGACUAGCACAAUCUGGACUGUAGAUUUACCUCUGAAUAUUUUGAAACGCGCCUACCCCGAGUACAUUGAUUUGUCCUUCGAUGCCACGGCAAACGCCACCGGGCCGGUCUCGACCACGCCUUGGAGCACUUUGACUCCAACGGCAGCAGAACACGAACUCACAUCAUGUGGAACCUUUGCUUAA